UAUUUUGCCUUAUCUUGAUUUCUUCUUGUAUUUAUGCCGAUGACACCGGCAAUGUAAAUAUCACAACCUUUCAAGACGGAUUUAUGACCACAGCUUCCUCUUGGAACAUCAACCCCUCUGUUACUGCUAGUAUAGAUACGCCAGCAACAACAGUAACAUCAUUUAAUACUACUGGCAUUGCUAACACGACUUCUUCACAAACAAUUGCUUCUGUAACAACCUCACCAACUAGUCAAACUUAUAUUGGAAAAUCUUCAACUUUUACCAGUCAUGUAACUCCUACUGUUUCUUUGAGUAAUAAUGAUAAUAGCAAUAACUAUUCACCUGCGUAUAAUGCAACCUAUGGAACACCUCCACCACCAUUAAGAACAACCAUUACUUGGAGUAAUGUAAUCUUUGGUAUAUUUUUCAUUUGUGUUGGAUUGUUGGAGGUUUUUCAUGGUUACAAGUAUAUUCGAAUUACCUUAUUGAUAAUGGGUUAUCUAUUCUUUUCGAGUACGGCUCUGAUAAUUUUACUUUUGUUGGAUAAUAAUCUUGACAAUACAAGAUCUGCCACGUUUUAUUUCACAACCUGGUUACUAGUUGGAUUAAUUGGAGGUUUACUCAGUUUCUUUUGUUGGCAUUUAGGCUUAAUGUUAACUGCUGCUUAUGGAGGCUACGCACUAUCGUUGUCACUUCUUGCGAUUUUAGACCUCGAAAAUCACAUUAUUCGAUGGACACUUUCUAUAAUAGUGAUGAUUCUGCUAGCGAUAAUAGUACAUUACUUUGAACGGACUGUAAUAAUUUUCACCACAUCCAUUGCCGGUGCAUAUACAGUGAUGUAUGGUGUGGAUGAAUUUGCACAACAAGGAUUUCGUGAUAUGAUUCAGUUAGCUAACGCGGAUGGAUUCUUUAGAUUUAAUCCAACUCUGGGUGUUUAUUUAAUGAUUGCUGGUGUGGUUUGGUUAGCUGUUGUUGGCAUAGUCUAUGAAUAUCGUGCACAUGAAAGCCCAAUUGAUCAUUUUUGUAAUCAUCCGCGAACACCAUCAUUAAUAUCAUCCCCAUCAUUUCCAAAUGAUACACAAACGUGUUUCCCUAAAUUGUUUGGAAGAAAACCAAAAUCGAAACAUUUUUCUCUCUCACCAACGAUGUCUGCAAACACGCCACCACCAAUCUUUACAAGUAAUCAUCCGAUCACUGUUACAACUACCACAACUACCACAACAAAUGAUGACCUCGUUACCAAUAAUGCUACAAUAAAUAAUGAUCCUACCACCAUGGAAGUUCUAUCGGUCUAA